AUGUCAUCAAGAAUAAAGGUAUCAUAUUUAAAGUUUCAUAAUAAUAAUAGUUAUCUUUGUGAAUUUAAAGUAUGUUAUAAAUUUAAUAAUACCUAUUUCUUAUGUCAAUCAAGCAAGAUAUUAGGAUUUAAUUUAGAUAAAGAGACCAACAAACCAAUCCAAAACAAAAAAAUCAAAGAUCAAACACACAUUGACAUACUGGAUCCAACACAGCCCCCCUCACUAAUCAUACCACCGCCACCGUCGUCUACUUCACCUUAUAUUCGCAGGCAUACAAGACAGCAUUCACGGUCUGGUUCGUCGACAGAUAACAAUAAUAAUAAUAGUACGACUACAGCAACAGCUACAACAACAACAACAUCAAUAUCACCGGGCACACCAAAUCAUCACCAAGCACUUUCAAACUCUGCACCACCCAUUCCGCCACCACCACCACCCAUUCCCAAUAGCAGCAGUAAACAACUGAUAAAGUCUGCAUCGGAAAACAGUACACAACAACUGAAACAUAAUAAUACACAGCCAAAAAAUAACAGUAAUAAUAAUAGUAGUAGUUCAUUCAUGAGUGGUAAUAGCGGCGGUAUUAAACCAUCGUUUAAUAAUACGAGCAGCAGCAGCAGCAACAAUAGUGGCAAUAGUAGUAGUAGUUUUAGACAAGCUGGACAACCAGUAGUUACACAGCAACAACCACAGUUUCAGAGGAUCAACAGGAAUAACAAUAGUGCAGAUAGUCUGCUGUUGAAUAACAAUAACAAUAAUAGCAGCAAUAUCAACAGCCAUACACUUAUUAAUUUAUCAUCGCCACCUAGAAACUCGAAACACUCACAUGCAUCAAUACACACCAGUAACGAACAUUCUCAGCUCUUUAACGAAGUGCUUACACCCAUUCCAGUUGUACGAUCAAUCAAUACCUCCAAUUCAUCUUUAUUCGGUAGUGCUGAUCUAGACUUUGAUUUUCUUGUUCCAAAUCAGCAACAACAUCAACAGCAUCAACAGCAACUACAACAGCAACAACAACAAUAUCCACAAUAUCAAAAAUCAACAACACCAAACAUUUUUACAAAUAACUUCAAUAGAUACAAUAUAGAUCUAUCGAAUACUAUCAACAACAACAACAACAACAACAAUAGUAGUAAUAGUAGUUUUUCAUCACCGAUCAACCAGCAGCAACAACAUCAACAGCAGCAAGCAUAUAGUAAUUAUAAUUCAAAUAGUUUUGUACCAACACAACAUCAUCAACAACAACAACAACAACAGCAACAGCAGCAACAACAACAAUCGUUGCAGCAACAACAACAACAACAGCAAUUCCCGUUAAAUCAAUCAACUGACGCACUGACACCACCACCUUCAAAUCUACAACAUCAAUCACAUCACAACAACAAUAAUAAUUUAUCAUCGUCGCCAAACAACCAAUCACCACCCGUUCCAUUGUUACUGCUACCGAAAUCACGAACUCCACGACCUGCAUCCGCACCCAUACCAUCCGCACCAUCCAUCUUUAAUAACAAUAACAACAACAACAAUAGCAAUAGUAAUAACAAUAGCAGUAAUAGCAUCGAACCAUCAACAUCAUCAUCAAAUAACUCAUCGAUAACAUCGUCAUCCAAUAGCUACUUACAACAACAGCUACAACACCUGAAGGAGUCGUCUUCGUCAGCGGGAAGUAUUUCAUCAUCGGCAUCACCAUCGUCAUCCACUAAAUCAUCGGCAAACGUUGAGGACAACAGAUCACCGUCAUCGAUAUCACCAUCGUUUGGUAAUCGUCCACACUCACACUCACUCUCCAGUCAGAGUAAUAACAACAACAAUACACUCUCUGUCUCACCCAGUAAAAAGUCACCAUCUACCAUCUCACCACCUGCAUCACCAUUGGUUUCAUCGCCAUCAAGUGGGUCACCUACAAAUCAAAACAACAACAACAACAACAAUAAUAAUCUAAUUGGCGGAAGUAGUAAGCCACCAAAUAGACCACCACCACCUACACCUUCACCAUCUCCCAAUACAACAAUCAAUUCAUCAACAUCAUCGCCAAACACAUCUAACAACAAUAAUAACAAUAGUAGUAAUAAUAAUAGUCCUGCAGCGAAUAUUACAAGCAUAUCACCACCGGCACCACCACCUCUUCCAAAUAGUACAAAGAAACCAGAGAAGCCAGAGAAACCAGAGCAACCAGCAGUUGACUCUUCGUCUUGGUUGGGAAUGGGAUUCAAAUAUUUCAAAAAGAAACUGACACCUGGUGUCAACGAUCCAAAGGAUGCAAGAUGGGAUUUGAAAAAGACAAAUUCACAGAUUCUCAAAAUUGAAGAUAGAACUAAAGUUUCUUAUAUAGCAAAUCAUAGUGGAUCAAAAGGAGUAUGUAAUUCAACUCCACAAAAUUACGGACCAUCAUUCUCUAGCGGAGAUGUGGUUGGUUGUGGAGUAGACGCAAACAAAUCAUUGUACUUUACGAGAAAUGGAACUUACUUGGGCACUGCGGCAAAGAAGGUCAAUGUGAAUGAUGUUGGCGCGGGAAUUAACGAGGGAGAGCCAUACGGGCCAGGAUUCAAGAAGGGCGAUAUCGUUGGUUGUGGUUUGUUCUUUGAGACACGUGAGAUAUUCUUUACAAAGAACGGUACCUAUUUGGGUGUUGCAUUCUCUAAUGUCUACGGUAUAUUGUACCCAUCGGUUGCUAUAAGUGAGCCAGGAUCGUCGAUUGUUGCUACGUUCUCGCCACCCUUUAGAUUCUCACAGGUUGUUCUGAUGAUGCGUGACGUCUCUCAUAGCACUCAGCAGCAACAGCAACCACAGCUAACUACAACCAACACAUCGACCACAACGACAACCAGCACUGGUCAAUCGUCGAAUUCCGUCGGCGGAAACAACAGUGUCGGUAUUUCCAAUAGCGUCAGUUUCAACUCUGGUCAACAGUCACAACAUACCAACUCAUCCGGUGGAUUGGUAGUCGACAACGGUCAAUCCAGUAUAUUCCCAUCGAGAUCGAUGCCAUCACUCACCUCACUCGAACAAAUGAGUAACCUCCCACCACAACCAACCAGAACAUCACCACCACACAGCAUUUCACUACCGGGUGCACCAAUCAGCACUGGUUCCACGUUGUUGUCGUCGUUUUCAUCGUCUGGUUCACUCACCUCGUCGUCAUCCUCCUCGAUUCCACCACCCAACACCUAUAACCAUACCAACAGCAAUCCAAAUCUACAGGCAACCAACACCAGCAACGGUAUCAACAGCAGCAAUCCACGUCAGUGUGUAUCACUGCCAGCUUCAAACACCUCCACCACGCUCACCUCAUCGCUUGCAUCACUCUCGUUCAGUUCACUAUCGCCUCCGUCGUCUCCCAAGACCUCGCCAAGAAAGAUAUUGAGCUCCUCGGACGAGCUGAGUUUUGUACAAUCAUUCCAAGAUGGUGAUGGUCAACAGCCAAGCGAAUGGCGUCGUUGUGGAAAGUCACUCAAGAUGAAAGACAAGAUCACUAUCACCAUGAUGAAGAAGAAGACAUCACUGGCACAGGCCAACCGUCCUUUCCCAUCGAACUCCUCCACCAUCUGCUACUUUGAAGUGUACAUUGAAGGUUUCGAUAAGAAGACCUAUAUCUCUGUUGGUUUGACACAUGCCACCCACCCAUUCAACAAGCACAUUGGUCGUGAGCCAAAAUCCUAUGGUUACAGUUCCGACGGUGAGAAGUUUGGUGGCAACGGCGAUAUCGGUGAGAGCUACGGUCCACCUUUUACCACUGAACUCAAAGCCAAUGAACCAACUGUCAUCGGUUGCGGUAUCAACAAUACCACCAAGGAGAUAUUCUUUACACGUAACGGUGUCUAUCUUGGUGUUGCAUUCUGGCGUGUGCCGUCUGUUCCACUCUACCCAUCGAUUUCGAUGAGACACGCCGUCGGUAGUAUUGCAGUGGCAACUUUCCAAGCACCUUUCCGAUUCUCGUUCGAUUCGCUUCCCGGUAUUUCUCCGUCGUUCUGGACAGAGAGUUUGGGACCGGACCGUGGAAAUCAAGGAUUCCGUGGUUGGCCACCCAACGACGUUGCCAUCUGGCUUGAGGCAAUCGGAUACGGACAGUAUCGCAAGAAUUUCCGUGAUAACAAUAUCAGUGGUCGUCAUCUACAGCUCUUUACCAACCACAACUUGAAGAAUGAGCUCGGUAUUGAACCGAUGGGUCAUCGUGCCGACAUCCUAAACAGAGUGCAACGCAUGGUUGAGAUCUGGAAGGAUCGUGGAGGUUCGACCGACCUCUUCAAGGUGUCGAAUGACAGCAUACCAGAGAUGGAUCCAUCUGGCUCUGGUGACGACGACCGUCUAAAGAAAGUUCGCUGGGGAGAGGACGACGCCUCUGGACUCGACCAGUUCGAUCCCAACUCCAACAAGAGCGGCAGACCCACCAAGAUAUACACUACCAAGAUGAUUGAGGAUCGCAACAGACGCAGCACAAUCAGCGGUGGUGAGCCAAAGAAAAAUAAGAAUUCGCUCAUCACUAGCAGUAUCGACGGUAGUGGCGAUGAUAUCUCGAUGGACGAUGUUCCACACGGUUCCAAGACACUCUCUGGUGAACAACUACGAUUCCUCAUGCACAAGAAAGAUGAAUUCUUUGAUGUAAAUAGUAACUUUGGUAACCUACCAAACAACAACUCGCCAAUUCAUACAUUUUCACCACGUCCUCCUCCAAACACUUAUAUUUCAAAGUCGGGAGGUAUCAGCAAUAGCAAUAACAACAAUAGCAGUACUCAUCCGCCACAACCCAAACAGUCACCAUCGUCUUUCAAUCUUCCACCCAUUGUAACUCAUCAUAGCAACAGUCCAUACAAUCAACAGGCUUCCGUUCACCACACAUUCGUCACACCAAACAUCCACGAGAUGUCAUCGUCACCCAAACUGAACUCACAUCUCAGCAGCAAUUACAGAUCACACUCGAGUGGAAUGCCAACUAUCACAAGUACAUCGACCACCACCAACAACCGAUGGGAUGAAUCUUCCUUUGCCAAUUGGGCAGAGAGCAGCUCAAUCACACCAACCGUUUCUCAACCAACACAACAGCAACAACUACCGCCACCUCCACCACAACAUCAACAGGCACAACCAGAAAGAAGAGAAUACGAAAUCGAUUUCAACGAGUUGGAAUUUGGUGAACUCUUGGGUAAAGGUUUCUUUGGUGAAGUGAAGCGUGGAACAUGGAGAGAAACAGAUGUUGCCAUCAAGAUUAUCUAUCGUGAUCAAUUCAAAACUAAAACUUCAUUUGAAAUGUUCCAAAAUGAAGUUUCAAUUUUAAGUAAAUUGAGACAUCCAAAUGUUGUACAAUUCCUUGGUGCAUGUACUUCUGGUAGUGAAGAACACCAUUGUAUAGUUAUUGAAUGGAUGGGAGGUGGUAGUUUGAGACAAUUCUUGGUAGAUCAUUUCCAAAUCCUCGAACAAAAUCCACGUCUUCGUUUGAAUAUUGCCAAAGAUAUUGCCAAAGGAAUGUGUUAUCUUCACGGUUGGACACCACCCAUUUUACACAGAGAUUUGUCGUCUAGAAACAUUUUGCUCGAUAACACCAUUGACACAAGAGGUACCUACAAUGUCAACGAUUUCAAAUGUAAGAUUUCCGAUUUCGGUUUGUCGCGUCUAAAGAUGGAGCAGGGCACCAUGACUGCAUCGGUUGGAUGUAUUCCAUACAUGGCACCCGAAGUUUUCCAAGGUGAAUCCAACAGUGAAAAGAGUGAUGUCUAUUCGUAUGCCAUGAUUCUCUGGGAGUUGUUGACAUCGGAGGAGCCACAGCAAGACAUGAAGCCAAUGAAGAUGGCUUACCUCGCCGCCCACGAAUCAUACAGACCACCCAUUCCAUUGACAACCGCUCCCAAAUGGAAAGAGUUGAUCACAAUGUGCUGGGAUUCCGAUCCAGACCGUAGACCAACCUUCAAGCAAAUCAUUGCUCACAUCAAAGAAAUGGAAUCAAAGGGUAUCUCAUCGUUUGCACCAAUACCAGUGGCCAAUUUCGAUACUGGAUUCUAUGGAUAG